UUCGGUGCAUCCCUAGUGGAAAUGGCUCAGGCUUGGGAGGUUCAGUAUUUACUUAAACUGUAGCAGCACUGGAGUCUGUGUUAGAGUGUGUGACGAUUUGGGCCACCCCCCACUUGCAUAUUCCACUCCUACUUUAGUUUUCAUAUCCGGACUUACUGGUUUAUUGAAUGUCAGUCUUUUUUUUGAAGUGUAAGCUGUGGGACAGACAUGGCAGAAAAGACUCCACUCGGGGAGACGACAGAUGUAGAAAAAGCGGAGGGAUCAGAUCAGUUCUCAUUGCCCAGAACUGUGCUGCCUGGAGCUGCGGCUUUAUGGGAACACAAAACCUCCCGGCAUGUUCCUUUGGUGCCAGUGAUCUGUAUCGUUACAGUUUUAUUCGUUAGUGUGAUUGUGCCUUUGACUGUCCUUUUAUACAUCAGAGAACCCUGUUCAUCAUGCAAACCUUGUGGUUAUUCUGCCCCCUGUGAGGAGGACUGGAUCUGGUACCGGGGGAAAUGUUAUUAUUUCUCUGAGACAUAUGAUGAGUGGAACAACAGCCAGAACUUCUGUGCCUCCCACAAUGCAUCUCUCUCUCUCAUCGACUCCCAGGAGGAACUGGAUUUUCUAAGAAGACAUAAGGGUCUCUAUGACCACUGGAUCGGGCUGUACAGAGACAUUGAUGGGCCGGCGUGGGUCUGGGCCAAUGGAUCCUUGUUCAGAAAUACGUUCCGUAUAGAAGAAGACUACCCGUGUGUUUACCUUAAUAACAACCGUAUUGGCAGCACAGAGUGUCGUGUAGACAAGAAAUGGAUCUGUAAUAAAAUAGAUGCAAAUAGUCACAUGCCACAUUUUUAAUAGGAGACACUAUGAGAUGUUGCCACAUGUGUCUGCAGUUGCCCACGUGCCACAGAGGUUUGUGCCCAUUACAGGCUGCCCGGGCCCUUCCCCUCGUGGGCUGCGCUGCACUGAUGAGUCCCAAACAGGACGAAACACAUUGGGGCUCAUUUAUCAACACUGGGCAAAUUUGCCCAUGGGCAGUUACCUAUAGCAACCAAUCAGUGAU